GUUAUUUCACAACGGGCCGACACUGUCCCUGAGUUUGAGCUUCGGUCAGCUUUUGCUCUAACUAUCACCAAUUGUGAACCGAUUAUUCAACAAGUAAAGAGCCGGAUUACCUUGUGGAGUGCCAAGUCUCUGUCCUUAUCUGGAAGACUCCUCCUUAUCAAGACAGUGGUUGCUGGCAUAUCCAAUUUCUGGUGCUCCUUCUUCUUAUUUUUUUUA